CCUAGGGCACCUUUUGAGGGCUUCUGCGGCCCGUGCGACCGGACGUCGGGGUCUUUUCCGCCGCGUCAAGCCGGAGCACCAUCUUGACAACACACCCCAAUGUUGAACUCGAGUGCCUCGAGCGCGAUUUUUCGCAAGGCUAUAUGCAAUACAACUAGACGCGGCUUGUUCUCGCAACGUCGUGCGCUGCUCACUCUUGCUAUCGAAACAUCUUGCGAUGACACAUCGGUCGCGAUCGUUGAAAAAGAUGAAGCCGCCAGGGCCGCAAAGAUUCAUUUCCUUGAGAACGUGACGGCCGACUCCAAUGCAUACCGAGGCGUCCACCCGAUCUUAGCGCUCGAGUCGCACCAAGAGAAUCUCGCAAAACUUGUCGACAAGGCGCUUGCGCAUCUGCCCAUUGCAUCGGACAGUAUUGGAGGACAUAGAUCGAUAACGCUUGCAGAUGGCUCCCAGCCCCGCUAUAAACCAGACUUCAUAUCCGCUACCAGAGGUCCGGGGAUGCGUGCAAACCUCUUCGUUGGCUUAGAUACUGGGAAAGCUCUAUCGGUCGCAUGGCAAAUCCCCUUCAUCGGUGUUCAUCAUAUGCAAGCUCACCUAUUGACACCUCGACUCGUCUCGUCACUGGGCCCGGACAGUGGUAUCACCACACCAUCAUCGCCGAACACCCCGGGGUUCCCCUUCCUCUCAAUCCUUGUCUCUGGCGGCCAUUCGAUUCUUGUGAAAUCAUCAUCUCUUACGGACCAUGCGAUCAUGGCUUCUAGCGCGGAUAUCGCAAUCGGCGAGUCGCUGGACAAGGCUGCUAGAGAAAUUCUACCUCCCUCCUUGCUGCAAACUGCGAAGACUACUAUGUACGGCAAGAUGCUAGAGGAGUUUGCUUUUCCGAACGGUAGCACUGACUAUGCUGACUACCGGCCCCCAAUGAAACGUGGCGAGGAAAUCACCAAGCGAGAAACCCCGUGGGGCUGGUACCUUACGACUCCGUUCGCCAAUACCCGUGAAUUGCAAUUUAGUUUCUCAUCUAUUGCCAGUGCAGUCAACAAGAUAGUCACAAAGAAAGAGAAAUCGGGACAGAGUAUGUCUCAUGAAGAACGAGUUGACCUGGCACGCGAAUCCAUGCGGAUCUGCUUCGAGCAUCUCGCCUCCCGGACGAUCAUCGCUCUUGAGACCCUCCGCCAGCAGAAGCCUGAUGAGGAGGUGAAGACUCUGGUGGUCAGCGGUGGCGUGGCAGCCAAUCGAUUCCUUAUGACUGUUUUGCGCGCGUUCCUUCACGUCCGCGGCUUCGGUCAUGUGGCCAUUGUGGCGCCACCUCCUUAUCUAUGCACCGACAAUGCAGCGAUGAUCGGAUGGGCUGGCCUCGAGAUGUUUGAGGCGGGCUGGCGCACAGAUCUCAGUUGCCGCGCUCUCAGGAAGUGGACCCUGGAUCCGCAAGCCGAUGAUGGCGGGGUUCUGGGCCCCAGCGGGUGGCAGAAAGCAUAGUCUGGCAUUCAAUCGAUGACUUGGUCAUCAUACGUAUACUAGUAAUACCCAUGUACACUACUCAAUAAAUGUAUGUAUAUCCACCAUUUCACAUCCACACAUUCAUACUAGUAGACACGAUUGGUAUGAGGGACAUCUUCUUUGAUUAGAUUUUCGUUG